GUGACAGAACAUUGUUGGCUUGAACUCACUCGGGCAGAUGCCUUUUCUCCUCAGCUUGCAAAAUUGUCAAUUGAGUGACAGAAAUCCAGUCUUGUGAUAUUGCUUGUGAUUCUGUUACCGCGACGCUUUUGCUGAGCGAACGUCUCGGUCAAACAUAACCUGACGUUAGAAGUCCAUCAAACAUAGGGUAGCCAGAAACCACCCAAAUCCAUCUUGAUUCGCUUCACGUCAAUUCGCGGCAUCCAAACCUGCUUGAACAAAAGUAUCUCGCAUCCAUUGACGUCUACCACCUUGUCUCUUCGCGUUCCUCGCGCCGUGCCGUGACAAUGUCGGCCUCGCUUCUCCGGUCACGUAUCGCGGCCCAGACCACCGGCGUCCGAGCAGCCCGCCAACGGAUCGCAAACGAACAGCGCCGAAAUGCUUCGUCCUCCCCGCGCUCUACUGGCAGCAGCGCAAAGGCCCUCGUCUACGGCACCGCACUCGCGGCUUCGACCUUGUUCGCCUACUUCUACACCACCGAUACCCGCGCUUUCGUGCACCGAUGGGUUGUCCCACCAAUGAUGCGCAUCAUUUUCCCUGACGCCGAGGACGCACACCAUGCCGGCACCGCUGCGUUGAAGAGUCUCUACGCGCUGAACAUGCAUCCGCGGGAACGGGUCAAGGAGGCGGAAGAGCUCAAGACGGAGGUGUUUGGGACGGAGGUCAAGAACCCAAUCGGUAUCUCGGCUGGCCUCGACAAGGACGGUGAAAUUCCGGAUGUGCUCUUUGACCUGGGCGCAGGCAUUGUCGAGGUGGGAGGCUGCACACCUCUUCCACAAGGGGGGAACCCCAAGCCAAGAGUAUUCAGGGUACCGGGUCUCGAUGGCAUGGUCAAUCGUUACGGGCUGAACUCGCGAGGCGCAGAUGACAUGGCCAUCCGACUACGCGACCGUCUGCGACGCUUCGCUCGCAGCAUCGGCGUCACCGAGGCGGAUGUGCUCAACGACAAUGCUGGCGUGCCACCUGGUAGUCUGAAAAGUGGGCGUCUCUUGGCCGUCCAGAUUGCCAAGAACAAGGACACAGAUGGCAGCAACGAGAAGGCUGUGGCCGACGACCACGUGUAUUGCGUCAAGCGUCUGGCGCCGUAUGCUGACAUUCUCGUUGUCAACGUCAGCUCACCCAACACCCCCGGUCUGCGCGAUCUCCAAGCCACCGGGCCCCUGACCCGCCUGCUCAGUGCGGUGGUCGACGAGGCCAGCAGGACAAACCGCAAGAACAAGCCCAAGGUGAUGGUCAAGGUCUCGCCCGACGAGGACGACGACGAUCAGGUUUCGGGCAUUGUCGCAGCGGUGGCCAACAGCGGCGUCGAUGGCAUCAUUGUUGGGAACACGACCAAGCGCCGGACGGGUCUCGCGCCCCAAGGCGCCCGACUGACUGCGCGCGAGCAGAAGGCACUGGCUGAGGACGGUGGCUACUCUGGCCCUGCCUUGUUUGAGCGCACAGUGCGUCUCGUCGGAAAGUACCGGCAGCACCUGCAGGCGUCCUCGCUCAAGGAGGGCGACGAGCAGAAGACACUUUUCGCGACGGGCGGCAUCACCAAUGGGCACCAGGCGCUCCAGGUCCUCAACGCAGGCGCGAGUGUUGCCAUGGUGUACACGGGCAUGGUGUAUGGAGGCGCGGGCACGGUCACGAGGAUCAAGGGCGAGAUGAGGGACGAGAUACGUGCGGGCAAGGCGUAAGGGUGCAUUCAACGAUGCUCUUAACGAGCAGCGUAUCUCUGCUAGUAUAGCGUUCUGCAUACGUGAAUUGAGCACAAUAGCAACAAGACCUUUCCCUCCCGACACUGGCACAAAGAGGCCGCUCCCAGAUGAAGAGGGAUGUGCAGAUGAAAGUGCGCAA